AUGAGGGAGGAAGUCUUGAAGGAAGUUCUGAAACUACUGUCCUUGGGAAUCAUCUACUCGAUCCCAGACAAGUCGAGGAUAAAAGUGGUGAAGAAUGAAAAGAAUGAGCUUGUGCCCAAAGACUGUCAGAAGGAAGUGAGGGGAUUCUUGGGCCACGCAGGAUUCUACCGAAGGUUCAUCAAAGACUUUGCAAAAAUAGCACAUCCACUUACCCGCCUCCUGCAGAACGAUGUGGACUUCAUCUUCGACGAGGCAUGUCCAGGGGCCUUCCAACUUUUGAAGGACAAGCUCGUAUCAGCCCCUAUAAUCAGAGCUCCAGACAGGAAUCACCCCUUCGAGGCGAUGUGCGAGGCCAGCGACUACGCCGUCGGGAUAGGAGAAGGUGUUGCAGUAACCGGUCCAAGAGAUUCGGAUAAAGGGAAGUAUCAGCUGAAUGCAGAGCCAUGGUUUGCGGACCUGGCAAACUACUUAGUCACAGGAAAGCUGCCCAAUACACCAGAGAGUUCUCGGGCCCAGCGGAUGAAAAUUGGGAGUGAGGCUAAGUACUAUUUUUGGGAUGAUCCUUACCUCUGGAGGAUGGGUUCAGACCAGACCGGAGGAAUCUCCACUCGCGAUGAAAUGCCCCAGGUCCUAGUAAUCGUCUGUGAAGUGUUCGAUGUCUGGGGGAUGGACUUCAUGGGUCCAUUCCCGUCUUUCUAUGGAAAUUCUUACAUACUGGUGGCAGUAGAUUAUGUAUCGAAGUGGAUAGAGGCUAAGGCGACUGCCACAUGUGAAGCAAAUGAGGUCACGAAGUUCCUUAAGGCUAAUAUUUUCAGCCGAUAUGGAGUGCCGAGGGCAGUCAUUUCAGAAUAG